CGCAAUUCUGCGACGGCCAAAAAGUCAGCAUUGUUGCGACCAGCAACCUUGAGCAAUCGCCAAUAUGCCCAACACGCCUCCAGAGACACCUGAUAGGGGAGAAGAACUAAUAUCCUUGACGGAGGUCGAGCCUUCCCCAGUAGAAGAGACUCCAGCCGAGUUCAAAAAUGAAUAUUUCCCCCCACAGGCAUCGAGAACCUCGACGUUGGGUCUGGGAAAUCAUGGUCCAGCAUACUAUUUAAAUCGAGUUCAGAAAUAUUCCUCUUAUGCGUUCACGGUCUUUUCCGCCUUCCACAUUGCGAACACGUCCAUAAUACCGCUCUUCACCAAAUCCGUAUCUGAGAGCAACCGCUACCUUCUCCUAACGCGCCCCUACUAUCAAUCAUUUCUGACGGAGCCUCUUCUUGUGGGCAUCCCUCUCGUAGCACACGUAGCAUCGGGUGUUGCUCUACGCUUUUAUCGGAGACACCAGGCAUUGCAACGAUAUGGCGCUGAGACACAUCAAGACAGGAAAUUAAUACCGUGGCCUUCAUUUAGCGGGAUAAGCAUUUUGGGCUACGCCCUCGUUCCCUUAGCCGGAUUCCACUGGUGGACGACAAGGUUUCUUCCUCUUUAUAUGCAUGGCGACAACUCCAUGAUCAGCCUUUCCUAUGUCAGUCACGGCUUUGCGUUGCAUCCCAUUGUCUCUUUCGCCGGAUUCACAGCGCUGAUUAGCGUGAGCGCAUGGCAUUUCACUUGGGGCUGGGCACGAUGGCUUGGCCUCACACCAGACCAGGUCACUUAUACGAAUGCUCCAAGGCAAUUAGUGAAGAAGCGGCGGUGGUACAGCAUUAAUGCCUUGUCGGCGCUACUUGCUGGCUUAUGGCUCGCUGGCGGGCUAGGUGUUGUGGGCAGAGAGGGGAAGACAGGCGGCUGGGUGGGAAAGGAAUUCGAUGAUUUGUAUAACAGCAUGCCAAUUCUAUUUAGAUUGAGGUGAUUGUAUUAUACCCUCAGUAAUUUAUGUAAAUUUUACCCUCGU